CCCACACAGCCAACUGGAAAAACUCGUUAAGUUAUUACUUAUAUAUAUUUAAGUAUUUUUAAUUAAGUUAAUUGUUAAAUUCUAUUGAUUUUUUUACAUUAAUGCAACUAACAAGAAAAGAAAUACAUUUGUUAAAAUUAUGGCAUUUUAUAAGACUUCCCUUGGAAGGACCCAGCUUGGGUCCUCAAUCAACGUGGGGCACACGAAGAUGUGAAGUUGUUUUGAACCUGUCGGAAAUUUUUCUACGAAGUCACAGACCAUACUUCACAUGCUGUAUAAACAAUUUUUUGCGAGUUCCGGUGAGAAUUCCUGUGUUGCUAUGAUGCCAGGAGACACUCAGACCAAAACGGCAGAAACUGCCGCGGAGGCAGCCUUUGGAAACUGUGCAAACUGCUCUGCUUUGCAUCAGAGUCUAACAGAAUACGUAUCGUCAUUUCUGGCACUGAAACAAAAGAUAUCAGUUUCAGAUGACACCAUAAGGCUUCAACAAGAACUGGAAGAACUCCAGAUUAAAUUGGUUACUAUGGAGCAGAGGAUGGUAGAUUAUAAAUCUUUGCAGACAGAGCUGGAAGAAAAAAAAGUUGCCCUAAUAUCAUGUGAACAUCUCUCUGAGAACAUGGACAAAUUAAAACAAGAACACAGAAAAGCAUUAACUAAAAUUGAGGACCUAGAAGAACAGCUGAAGUAUUUAAAAGAAUUGACCGAAGCUCAAGUGAUUAAAAAUGCACAACUGGGGACAGAGAAGGCAGCUGUCGAAAACGAUUUGCUUCAAACUCAGGUCUCCUUGAAGAAAUGUCAGGAAAACGCAGAUAAAGUAGAAAAACUAAUGGAGGAGAAUGCAAACAUGAAAAGCUUGAAGGAAAGUCUUGAAAGUAAAGUUCAAUUUCUUGAAGACUCAAGUUGUAGUCAGAAUCUUCAAAUUUCUAAACUGGCCAGAGAGAAGGCUUUGCUUGAAAGGAACAUUUAUGACCUUCAGAUGAGACUGAGGAAACUGGAAAGAGAACAGUGUAAAGACUACAGAAGCACAAAGACUCAAACAGACGCACCCAGAGAGCCAAAGGUUGACAAAGAAAAGCUUAAACUGCUAUUGCAGGACAUAUGGACGUGUGUGGUGCCAAAAGAUCCUGCAGAUCAGUUGUGCUUCCCAGGGUCCAGUUCCAAUCAAGUUCCUCCUCUCUCUUUACAAAACCAAGUUUUGAAUUCAGCAGCUGAAGAAUCGUGUUCUCAAAAAAACACUGAAUCCCACAGGGAUCAAGUCCAGACAAAAGCUCUGAUCUCCUCGUCAAAAGCACCUCCUCAAGAACAGAAUGAUGUUGAGCUUCAAGAUUCUCCUCGGACCUUAUGUGUCAGGAAGCGAACAAAAACGAGCCCAGUCACAAAGAAAUCUAAGAAACUUAAGUUUACAGACAGAGACAGCUUUGAAAUGACUGUGAAAGAAAUAACAGAGAUGUUUAAACCAAUGCCUCCUGUCAUAUCUCCUCUACUCGACUUGGACAUAGAAUCUAUGGAAACGGAUGACAUGGCUAAAGGAACUCCCCCUGAUGAUCCCCAGAAACACGAGUCUAUAAAUGUUAGGUCAUCCCUAGAGAUCCACAACAGUCCAAACCAUUCUGCUGUUCAGGAGGACAAUGUGGACCUCUUGGAAACCACAACCCAGGAAUCCCAACACAUGGUGGAUAAAAAAGAGGCGGAACAGAGCGACUCCAGCGGCCUUGCUGAGUUACUGGAAAAAGACCACGGGAAUACAAAUCUUUCCAAGGAAAUAUCGCCUGUUGAGGAGCCUGUUCCAGCAUCGCUGGUGUCAUCUUCUGCCACAUCAGAUGGAUCAGUGGAGGUUGGAGGUUUACCAGUAGAACUACUAGAGGAUACUCACUUAACAAACAGUAACACAGCAAAUAAUAGCUGUGAAAAGAGCCUGGAAAUGAAUGCAGAAGAGAACUCUUCUGCGGACAAAAUAGCACCUUCAACCAUCAACACUAAAACUGCUGAACCUGUGGCAACAAAGACUUCUCCAGUUCCAAUUUCUGAAUCCACUGAGGAAGCAACCGUUAGUUGUAAGUCGUUGGAGGAGAAUACACUCUCCGUUUGUGGACAGUCAAGUCCUUCAUCCCUUCUGGUAAAUUUGAAACCCCAGAUAUUAGAACCUCAUCCGUGUUCUGUUAAGUCAGAUGGCCCUAAGAACAAAGGAGAUAUCUCUGAUGAUAAAGGGGGUCCUGUUUCCUUUAUGAAGUCAAAGGAUAUUGUUGAAGAGGCUGAUGUUCAAGACCUUCCUCAAGGCAGUACGGAUGCAGGAAGUAAUAAUUCAUCUAUCAAGAAAAGUAACGCAAAGAAGCGGCAAAAAAGAGGCUCAGAGUCGAGUCCAUCUACACCCCAAACCCCAGAUUCAAUCAGCAACCUUUUUUGUGAAAUGGGUCCUCCUCUUCCUCCUGUCUUGACCCCCCUGAAAACACCUCCAAAGCAGGGCAAAUCGAUCAGUCCGAGGCAUGCCAUCGGAAAACUUUCAUUUCCAUCCCCGAGAGAUGAGUUGGCAUCUCCUCACACUCCUGUCCAGAUCCAUUUAACCCCCAGUCGCAAACCUUUGAACAGCCCAGUCCCUUCAAAUGGAGUCCCCUCUUCACCACUACAGUUCGGCUCAGCCACCCCCAAACACGCAGUGCCAGUUCCCGGUCGCUUUCCCUCGACAUCUGUCAAAUCCUCUUCAUCAUCCUCGACAAGUUCCUCUCAGGAAAGCUCCAUGAGGAUUCUUGACACCAUGUAUCCGGAUCUCUCGGCCCAUGCCCGUACUCUGAGCAUUCUCAGAGGGAACGUUGGCCUUUGUUCUUCUGAAAACAGAUCCUUACCUACCUCCUCUGACAGCCAGGUAUCCGGCUUCAACAGCUCUGCUUUAACAGCUUUCACCAAGACAGACACAAAGGGAGACAAAAAUCCAGCUGUCCAUUUGUCUUCUCGGUCUCCACCUACAGCCAGCAAAUGUCUGAAGCUCGAGAGCAGCUCUCCCACGUGUAAUCAAAUACCUUCAGUAUCAUCAAAUGGAAGAUGUAAAGCUAACUCACCUCACAUUCUGAAGCCGACGCAUCUAGCAACGUCCAUAAAAACUGAAGAAUCGUCUGAAGAGAAUGUCCUCAUUAAUGCUCUCAAGAAGAUCGAGAACCAAUGCUUUGAUGUGCUGCCUGUUGUCCAGAGUCACCUUUAUGUAGGAAAUCGGCCUACAAAGCCUGUACUGAGAGAUGAAGAGAAGGAGGUCAUUGCUGACAUUUGCCAGUGUGGUUUGUCAGAUGACAUGACCAGGGCCAUCCUGAACAAACUGAAGGCUGAGAGAAAUGCCCUCAGCACGAACUACACGCAGGCGCUCUGUCGAGUUUACACAGGAAUCUGCAGACAGAAGGGAGACUGGGAGAGGGCUCGCAUCCUGGCCUACAGCAUUCUUAUUGAAGAUUUUCCAGAUUCUUCCAAGUUGAUUUUGUUCAUAGAGUCAACGUGGCCCGCUGUUCUAUCACACUCCAGCUGUCUGUGUCAGGCCAUCCACAUCGUCUCCAAACUUAGAGCUCCAGAUGGAGUUCUCAGCUGCCUCUCAACGUUCCUUGACUGGGAAAAGAAUCCUCCCUUGGACAUUGAGCAGCAGAUCUCCCGAACGUUGACUGAACUUAAGUCUGGGUCAAAGCAGUCUUUCGUCAAGCACGGUCGUUAUGGAGACGACUUGGGAGCUGAAACCUGGGAACAGGUUUAUGCUUUGCAACUCUUGUGCUCGCACAAAAAGUGGAAGUGGACCUUUGAAAAUGUACUAGGUAAAGAGUUGUGGCCUCUGCUCAACCUGUGGGUGUCACAACCAAGAGAUCAACAAGAGCCCAUCUCUGAUGUGACCAUUGCUGGUGUACUUCGACUCAUUGGACUCCUUGGUCAGCUGGGCUUGAAGGAGAAUUGUGUUUCCAGUGUGAGCACUGUUGCCACUGUCAUCAACACGUUUGGAAAGCAUGGACAGAGAGAAGGUGUUCCAUGGGAGGUCCAGUUGGCAGCCAUAUACUGCAUUUAUGAAUUGUCUCCCUGCGACCCCAAACAAGCUCUGGAUGCCCUGGCGGGCUGGAGAGAGGAGACGAAGAGUGUCCCUCCUGCUGUGACCAGUUGCAUUAAUCAGUUAGCCUGUAUUUGUAGGCAGGUUAAGAGAUGAAAGCCUUUCAAUGAAUAACAACCUAAGUCUCCUACUGUUUAAAAAAACACAAAUUGUAGGUUUUAUUAUUUACUAAUUAGGAAAAAGAAGGCUAAAGUUUUUCUCUUGUUUUGUAACAAGUCGGGAGCCUCAUUCAGUGUUUUAUAUAAGGCAAGAUUGUUAAACGUAUAAUUUAAAAAAAAUAUUAUUCAGCAUGCACUUCAAAUUGUGAACUCUUCACUGUAGCGAUAAGCUUAAUUUUAAAUGGAGACAUGUUUUGGUUUCCUAAAAUGUUAUUUAAUUCUGAUAAAAAUGGCACUUGCACAUCCCCUUCCACCCCAUCCCUAUUUUUCUUUUUAUAUACUUUACUCAGGAAAAGUGUAAAAUAUUGUAGAAAAUGUAAAUGUGUGUUCAGAGUUUACUGUAAAUACCUUUUUCAGAUGUUGGAGUUCAUCAACAAACAUUGCCACAGUAAAUGUUUUGUAAAAGUUUUUUUUUUUUUUUUAGUUUAUUUAAUUUUUUUAUUUUUUAUUAUUAAAUGGAAAGACAAGGAAACAAUGUCACUGUUGUUCAUAUUAACAUAAACUGAAUUUCUUUGCUUUAACUACUAAAAGGAGUUAAAUUAUAA